AUGGGUAAAUUCACAGGUAAAAAUGGUACUCAAGAUAGAGAAAACUUGGAUAAAUUUGAAAGAAAUUCAGAUGGAUUCAAAAAAUCAUCAAAAUUUUCUAAAGAUAAAAAAUUAAAACAUGGUUUAAGAAAAGUUAAUGAUCAAUAUAAACAAGCUGUUAGAUCAGCUGCAGCUACUGAAAUGUUAUUACAAGAAGAUGCAGGUUUCUUGGAAGCUGAGGGGAUGGAACGUACCUUUAAAUUUAAACAAUCUGAUAUCAAAAAAGAAGUUGAUCAAACUACUUCAAAUAAGGCAUUUGAUUUAAAAUUAAAUGAAUUUGGUCCUUAUACCUUAGAUUAUUCUAGAAAUGGUACACAUUUACUUAUUGGUGGUAUGAAAGGUCAUGUUGCAGCUAUGGAUUGGAGAAAAGGUGCUCUAAGUGCAGAAUUACAUUUAGGUGAAACUAUUAAUGCAGUUAAAUAUUUACAAAAUGAACAAUAUUUUGCUGUUGCACAGAAAAAAUAUACAUUUAUUUAUGAUCAUGAAGGUACAGAAUUACAUAGAAUGAAACAACAUAUUGAUGUUAAACAUUUAGAUUUUUUACCAUAUCAUUAUUUAUUAGUUACUGGUGGUAAUACCGGGUUUAUUAAAUAUCAAGAUGUUUCAACUGGGUUAUUAGUUAAUGAAAUUAGAACUAAAAUGGGUCCAACUACUGCAAUGAAACAAAAUCCAUAUAAUGCUAUAAUGCAUUGUGGUAACUCCACAGGUGUUGUUUCAUUAUACAGUCCAGCUGCUAAUGAACCAUUAGUUAAAUUACAAAGUUGUAGAGGUCCAGUUAAAGAUAUUGCAGUGGAUAGAUCAGGUCAUUAUAUGGCAGUUGCAGGUGCAGAUAAAACAUUGAAAAUUUGGGAUAUUAGAAAUUUUAAAGAAUUGUAUUCUUAUUAUACACCAACCCCAGCAUCAAGUUUAGAUAUUUCUGAUGGUGGGUUAUUAAGUGUUUCAUGGGGGCCUCAUGUCACGGUAUGGAAAGAUCCUUUCAAAACCAAGCAAAAUUCACCAUAUAUGAAUCAUUUAAUCCCAGGUUCACAAAUUCAAACUAUAAAAUCAGUUCCAUAUGAAGAUUUCUUAGGUGUUGGACAUCAAUCUGGUGUUUCUAAUUUAAUUGUUCCAGGAUCUGGUGAAGCUAAUUUCGAUGCAUUAGAAGUGAAUCCAUAUGAAACUGCCAAACAAAGACAAGAAUCUGAAGUUCGUUCAUUAUUACAAAAAUUACCUGCCGAUUCUAUUUCAUUAGAUCCAAAUGUUAUAGGUACAGUAGAUAAACGUUCAUCACAACAAAGAUUAAAACCAUCAGAUUUAAAUGAAUUAAGUAAAAAACCAAAUCAAGAUGAUAAAACUGAACCAAGACCUGAUGUUAAAAGUAAAAAUUCUGCAUUGCGUCGUCAUUUAAGAAAAAAAGCAUCAAAUGUUAUUGAUCAAAGAAAAUUAAGAAUAGAGGCUAAUUUAAAGAGAGAAAAAGAAUUAAGAGCUAAAAAAUUAUCACAAAAUAGAGGUGAACCUGAAGAAAAAGAAUUAUUAGGACCUGCAUUAUCAAGAUUUAAAUAG